AUGAAACCAAAUGAUAAUUUAGAAAAUAACAUGAAUUUGAGUAUAGGAAAAAUAGAUUUGAGUAAUAUUUAUAUGGACAUAUUACACAUACAUGAAACUCUUGUAAAUCAUAUUCAAACCAUCGUUACACAAGUUUAUAGUUUGAUAGAAAAGACAUUAUGUGAUCACAUCGAAAGAAAUAAAUUGGACAUAUAUAUGUUUGAAGAAAAGUAUAAAGAUAAUAAUAUAAUAGAUGGGGAUAAAGAUAAAAUGAUAAUCCAUUCUUUAAAUAAUUUGAAUAAUAAUUAUUUUGGUAACGAUAUAAAAAAUAAAUUUAUUUUAGAGAAGGUAAAUGAAUGUAUAUUAGAUAAUGAGAAUGAUAAAAAAAAUAAGAUAAAAAUAAGUUCUAAGAAGAAAUAUUUUAAUGAAUUACUAAAUUUUGGUAAUAAAAAUAAAAAUGUACAAAUAAAAACAAUAACUAGUUCGAUAUGUACAUAUAAAAAUGGAGUUGAUGAUGAACAUGAAAAUGAUAAUGAUGAUGAUGAUAAUGAUUGUGACGAUAAUGAUUGUGACGAUAAUGAUUGUGACGAUAAUGAUUGUGACGAUAAUGAUUGUGACGAUAAUGAUUGUGACGAUAAUGAUUGUGACGAUAAUGAUUGUGACGAUAAUGAUUGUGACGAUGAUAAUAAUAACGAUAAUGAUGAUAAUUAUGAAUGUAUAAAUAUUGAUGAUAAUAAUCUUAUAAACAGCAUAAAAAUAAGAAACGAUGAAAAUAACCUUCUUUUUAAUAAUAGGUAUACGAGGAAUCAUCACGAUAAUAAUUCUGUAAACUGUUUUAUGAAUAUAAAUAAAAAAACAAAGGAAGUAUAUAAUAAUGAAUGUAAUAAUAAUUAUUUUAGAGAAGAGCAAAAAAACAAUUUGUAUGAUAGAAAAAAACAAAAGUAUAAAAAAAAAGCCGAAGAUGUUGUUCAUAAAGUAAUGAAUAAUAAAUGUAUACAAAACGAAAUAUAUGAAAAUAAAAUUAAACUACAAAAACAUAUAGCUCUUUUGGAGCUUAUUAAAUAUGUUAUUUUGUAUUCAAAUACAAAUAUAAAAAAGGAAAAUACAGAAAUAAUAAAAAAAAGGGAAAUUAAUGAAAUUAACUCAUAUCAAAAUGGGAAUGUUACAAAUAAGAGAUAUAAAAAGGGUUUACAUAAAAAUGGUAUACAUGAAAAUGACUUACAUGAAAAUGACUUACAUGAAAAUGACUUACAUAAAAAUGACUUGCAUAAAAAUGACAUACAUAAAAAUGACAUACAUAAGAAUGACAUACAUAAGAAUGAUUUACGUACAAACGACUUGCAUAAAAAUGACAUACAUAAGAAUGAUUUACGUACAAACGACUUACAUAAAAAUGACUUACAUAAGAAUGAUUUACGUACGAACGACUUGCAUAAAAAUGACUUGCAUAAAAAUGACUUGCAUAAAAAUGACAUACAUAAGAAUGACAUACAUACAAAUAACACAUGUCUUAAUGACACUCAUAUGAGUAUAAAUCCUUAUGAUAACCAUUACACAGAAAAAACAAAAACUGAUUUGAAUCACUCCGAAUAUGAUAAGGGAAUAAAAGAUGAACAUACAAAUAGUAAUAUUAACUUAUCAAACGUCAAACUUAAAUAUAUUAAUAUUAUAACUUAUUAUAUGGAUUUAUUAUCACCAUUUAAUAAAUGUUAUUCUGAAAAAAAUGGUACAACUAAUGAAGAUCAAAAGAAUUUAAAAAUGGUAUGUAAAAAAUUAGAUCAAAUUGUAUUGAAUUAUGAAAGUAUUAUCGACCAAAUUUUAAAAAAAGGAAAUCUAAAUUAUUCUGAUAUAAAUAAAUUGUAUCAAGCUCAUAACCAUAAUAAUAUGGAAGAAUAUUCCUCAUCUCAAUUAAAUGAUGAAAAUCAAUGUGAAAAUAAAAGGGUACAGAACAAUAUGUGCAUAAGUAUUGAUAACAAAAUAAAUAUGAAGAACAAAAGUAUUCCGUGUGAAUGUACAAAAUGUUUGGAAGAAAAAAACACAAACAAGUUUAUGGACACCGCAAAUAAUGAGAAAAAUAAAAAUAAUAACAUAAAUAAAAAUAAUAACAUAAAUAAAAAUAAUGACAUAAAUAAAAAUAAUGACAUAAAUAAAAAUAAUGACAUAAAUAAAAAUAAUGACAUAAAUAAAAAUAAUGACAUAAAUAAAAAUAAUGACAUAAAUAAAAAUAAUGACAUAAAUAAAAAUAAUGACAUAAAUAAAAAUAAUGACAUAAAUAAAAAUAAUGACAUAAAUAAAAAUAAUAACAUAAAUAAAAAUAAUAACAUAAAUAAAAAUAAUAACAUAAAUAAAAAUAAUGACAUAAAUAAAAAUAAUGACAUAAAUAAAAAUAAUGACAUAAAUAAAAAUAAUAACAUAAAUAAAAAUAAUGACAUAAAUAAAAAUAAUAACAUAAAUAAAAAUAAUGACAUAAAUAAAAAUAAUGACAUAAAUAAAAAUAAUGACAUAAAUAAAAAUAAUGACAUAAAUAAAAAUAAUAACAUAAAUAAAAAUAAUAACAUAAAUAAAAAUAAUGACAUAAAUAAAAAUAAUAACAUAAAUAAAAAUAAUAACAUAAAUAAAAAUAAUAACAUAAAUAAAAAUAAUGACAUAAAUAAAAAUAAUGACAUAAAUAAAAAUAAUAACAUAAAUAAAAAUAAUGACAUAAAUAAAAAUAAUAACAUAAAUAAAAAUAAUAACAUAAAUAAAAAUAAUAACAUAAAUAAAAAUAAUAACAUAAAUAAAAAUAAUGACAUAAAUAAAAAUAAUAACAUAAAUAAAAAUAAUAACAUAAAUAAAAAUAAUGACAUAAAUAAAAAUAAUAACAUAAAUAAAAAUAAUAACAUAAAUAAAAAUAAUAACAUAAAUAAUGUUAAUAAUAAUAGUAGUAAUAGUUAUAAAAACAGAAGGCACCAUAAUACAUAUAUUAAGUGUUGUCAUGAUUCACAUUUGUAUUCUAGAGAAAUAAAUGACCAAGGACAUGAUAAGAACAAAUGUUCUCAUAAUAUUAAUAAUAGUACACCUGAAAGUAUUGUACAGAACAAUAAAAACAUUUCUGAUAUAAAUCUGGUGAAUAAUACAAAUAUAUCAAUAAAUUGUAACAAAUUAUUAAAUGAGAAUUGCAUAAAAAGCUCAUGUGAUAAAUCCAACUUUCUUAAUACACCAAAUAUAGUGGUGCCUAAAUAUUCUAAUAUUCGUCCUAUUACUCAAAAAGAUUCACUUUCAAAUGAUUUGUUAAGAAAUAAUAAUUUAAGAGAAAAGUACCAUCCACAAAAUGAUAGCAACUAUUAUAAAGAGAUAAGAAACACGAAUUGUAAUAAUGAUGUAGAGAAAAACAUAAAGGAUAAUAUUUUACAUACAAAAAAACAAUCUAGUCAUUUAAAUAAUGUUGAUUAUGAUUCAGAUAAUAAAUUAAAAAAUGAUUAUUCUGAAGGAAUUAAUAAUUUUGAUCAAAAUAAUAAUCAAAAAAAUAAUAUGAUACCUUUGUUUAAUGAUGAUCAUAUUGUUAAUUAUAGAAAUAUUUCAAGUUCUAAUCAUCACAAUAUAAAUAAUAUUCCUAAUUAUUUCAUACCUUUAAAUAAUAAUGAUGAAAAAAAGAAAUUCUUAGAUAUUGAAACAUAUAAACAUAAAAAUAUAAAAAUGAAUAAUAAUGAUAAGCACAUAUAUAAUAACAUGAAUAAUAAUGAUAAGGAUAUAUAUAAUAACACAAAUAAUAAUGACAAGCACAUAUAUAAUAACACAAAUAAUAAUGACAAGCACAUAUAUAAUAACACAAAUAAUAAUGACAAGCACAUAUAUAAUAACACAAAUAAUAAUGACAAGCACAUAUAUAAUAACACAAAUAAUAAUGACAAGCACAUAUAUAAUAACACAAAUAAUAAUGACAAGCACAUAUAUAAUAACACAAAUAAUAAUGACAAGCACAUAUAUAAUAACACAAAUAAUAAUGACAAGCACAUAUAUAAUAACACAAAUAAUAAUGACAAGCACAUAUAUAAUAACACAAAUAAUAAUGACAAGCACAUAUAUAAUAACACAAAUAUUCGUGAAAAAGACAAUGAUGUAAUAUAUCAUGAGAUUGUAACAAGAUGUUGUAGAAACAAUACUUGUACCUGUUUCAUUAAUAAUAAUGAUAGUGUGGAUGUGAAUAUUAAUUUAAAAUUAAAGAGUGAAGAUAAUUCAUUAGUUUUGUCUCCAUCAUCUUGCUCGAACGAUAAAAGUUUUGUAAAUGACUUUAAUGAAAAUAAGGAUGAUAUGUCAUUUAUAUAUAAUCAAAUUAAUAUAAAAAAUGAUAAACAGGAAUAUGUUAUAUGUGAACCAACAAAAAGUACUCAACACAUAAAUGAAAAGAAUGUUCCAAUAAAUACAUUUAAUAACACGAAUUGUCAUUUUGUUAAAAAUAGGAAUAAAGAGGUUAUUACAACUACAUAUAAUGAUAACAUAAAUAUAUAUGAUCAAAUGAAAAAGGAAAAUAUGAAUCAAUUUGAUGAUCAAACCGUACCCACAUCAUCAAAAAUAAUAUGUUCAGAUCAACAUCAUGUAGAACGUAUAAAUAAUAAAUCAAUUAAUCAAAAUUGUUUAAAUACAUUGACCGACAAAAAUAUUUAUUAUAAUGAUACCAUUAAGAAAUAUGAAAAUAGAAAAAUGACAACUGAUAAUAUAAGGUAUUCAAAUAUUUGUGCUCUAAACAAUGGACAAAAUAGUUGUAAGCCUAAUGUUAUACUGAACCAACAAAUAUUUCAUAAAGUGGAUGAACAUGGAAAUUUUAUAUAUAAUAUGAGAGAUCAUGAGAACAUACAAGACGAAAAGUUGUUAUCAGAUCAACUACACCUUGAUUCAUUAUAUAAAACAAGCGACGGAAGGAACAAAGAACGUUUUGGAACUACACCUCUUUAUAAUCAUGGGUAUAAUAACAAGUUUGUAGAUAAUAGGAACAAUAAUUAUAGUGAUGAGGAAAGUACAUACGUAAAUGAAAUUCAUAAUUACAUAAAUAAGGAUAUUAACUAUAACAACGAAAAGAAUGAGUGUAAUCAUCAUAUGGUUAAUUAUAACAAUGAAAAGAAUGAAAGUAACCAUCAUAUGGUUAAUUAUAAAAAUGAUAUGGAUAAUUACAACCAUCAUAUGGUUAAUUAUAACAAUGAAAAGAAUGAAAGUAACCAUCAUGUGGUUAAUUAUAAAAAUGAUAUGGAUAAUUACAACCAUCAUAUGGUUAAUUAUAACAAUGAAAAGAAUGAAAGUAACCAUCAUGUGGUUAAUUAUAAAAAUGAUAAUAAAGAAUAUAACCAUGAUAUGAUUAAUUACAACAAUGAUAUGAAUAAUUACCAACAUGAUAUGAAUAAUUAUAACAAUGAUAAUAAUGAUUACAACCAUUAUAUGAAUAAUUACCAACAUGAUGUGAAUAAUUACCAACAUGGUGUGUAUAAUUACCAACACGAUGUGAAUAAUUACCAACAUGGUGUGUAUAAUUACCAACAUGAUGUGAAUAAUUACCAACAUGAUGUGAAUAAUUACCAACAGGAUGUGAAUAAUUACCAACAUGAUGUGAAUAAUUACCAACAUGAUGUGAAUAAUUACAACCAUUGUGUUAAUAAUUACAACCAUUGUGUUAAUAAUUAUAAUCAUGAAGGUAGCAACGAUAGUACAGAUAAUAAAUACAACGGUAAUAAUAAUUACAAUGGUCAUAAUAACCAUCAUGGUGACAGUGAUCACAAUGCAGAUAAUAACUACAAUGAUAAUAAUUACCUUAACCCUUCAGGUAGAAAUAAUAACAGUAGUAAUAAUGACGGGGGGAAUGAUGAUGAAAGUACAGAUGAUAAUGAUGAAAAUGAUAAAGAAGAAGAUGAAGAAAAGGAUGAAGAAAAUGAAGAAAAGGAUGAAGAAAAUGAAGAAGAAAAUGACGAAGAAAAUGACGAAGAAAAUUACAAAAAAGAUAAUGAAGAAGAUUAUAAUCAACAUAAAAAUUGUAACGACCAAUUUAUGAAAAUUGAAGGUGAUAACAUUUUUGAUAAUAGUACUAGUAAUUCUUUACACAAUAUAUGUUAUUCAUAUAAAAACAGAUAUAAUGAUUCUCACGCUUAUUUAAUGUCAGGUGAAAAUGAAAUAAUGGCACACAACAAAAUUUAUAGACCUCAAGAAAAGGACAUACCUAUAACACAAGAUAAUAGUUUUGUGUUUCAAAAUAAAAAUAAUGGAAAUCAGUAUGAUGCACAAAUGAGUGAUUUUUAUAAUUUUCAUUUGAACAGCAUGAAUAGCAUAAAUGACACAAAUAGUAUAAAUAAUAUGAAUGAUAUAAAUAAUAUGAACGGUAUAAAUAAUAUGAAUGGUAUAAAUAAUAUGAAUAAUAUAAACAAUUUGAAUAAUAUAAAUAAUAUGAAUAAUAUGAACAAUUUGAAUAAUAUAAACAAUUUGAAUAACAUGAACAGUAUAAAUAAUAUACACAACAUGAAUAAUAUGAACAGCAUAAAUUAUACAAACAAUAUAAAUAAUACAAACAGUGUAAAUAAUAUGAAUAACAUUAAUAACAUGAAUAACAUGGUCACUAUAAACAAUAUGAAUAGUAUAAACAAUAUGAAUAAUAUACAGAACGUAAACAACUUAUACAAUUUUUAUAAUGAAAAUCAAAACAACAUAAGUGUUCCAAAUAUACAUGGAGAGUUUAUGAGUGAAAAGACGAAUGAGGAAAAGAUAUCCACAAAUGAUUUAGAUACAUAUGAAAAUCUUAAUAAAGAUAUGAUAAAUGAUUUGAGUAUAAAUAUGAGUUUAAAUAAUUAUAAUAAUGAAAUGAUGAAUAAUGAAAUCUGUAGUUCUUACUUUGACAUGUGUAACAAUAUGGACGAAUCAUACAAUAUCAUGAAUAAUAACAAUAGUACUAAUAGUAGUAAUAAUAACAACAAUAAUAAGAAAAACGAAAACGAAAAUGAAAACAAUGAAAAUAAUAAUAAUAUUAAUAACAAUAAUAAUGAUAAUAAUAACAAUAAUAAUGAUAAUAAUAACAAUAAUAAUGAUAAUAAUAACAAUAAUAAUGAUAAUAAUAACAAUAAUAAUAAUAAUAAUAAUUUGUUUGAAUGCGAUAAGUGUAAUGUCGAUUAUGAUAUAAUGAAUUUUACAAACAAUACUUAUAUGGAUAUACAAAAAAUACUUCAAAAUGAUGAUAUAUUAAAACAAGAAUUUGCUAAUAUCGAAGAAUGUUUUAAGAUACAUACAUCUUCUAUAAAUUAUAUGAAGGUAAAAGGUAAAGGUGAAUGCUGCCAUAAAAAUCAACAAAUAAUGUACGAACAUUAUGAUGCAGGGAAACAUUCUAAUAAUAAUUUUAUAAGGAAUAAUGAUGAUAUGUACAAAAAUUUGAGUAUGGACGAAUUUUUUCUAAAUCCAAAUAACAUAGAAGCUAAUAUUAUAAACAAUGAUAUAAUUAACGAAAAUAUUAAUAGUGACAUAGAAAAAAUUAUGGAUAUAAUGACUUCAAAUAAUAAUAAUGAAAGAGAAGAUAAUAAAAAUCAUUCAAGACAGGAAGACGAUAAGGGAAGGCAACAAACUAAAGGAAAAGAAAAAUGUAAAGAAAAAGAUAAAUAUAAAGACAAAGAAUUUGAUAUAUACAAAGAAAUAAAUAAUGAUAAGAUGAUAAGUGAACAUAUGGGAAUAUAUGGAGAACAAAUUAAUUUAAAAAAAAAAGAAUUUACCAACUUUUCAUCUUCAUCUUCAUUCAAUAUGUCAAAUAAUAACAACAACAAUAACAACAACAGUAACAACAACAAUAACAACAACAAUAACAACAACUAUAACAAUAACAAUAAUAAUAAUAAUCAUACGUUUGAUAUAUCUACCAAAAACAAAGAUAAAAAAAGAAAAAUAGAUUCUCUAGGCAACACUUAUGAGCAUAUAAUCUCUUCAAAUGAAUCAAAAAUCGAGAGCAUAAAUGAGCAAUCAACUUCAAGAAAGUUUCAUAAAAUUAAUGAAGAUAAAAGAAAGAAAUAUCAAAAACUUGAUAUAAGAACUUUAAAUAAAAACGUUCAAAAGAACAAAGAAAUAUGUACAAAUUGCUAUAUACACUAUGAUAAUUUUAAGUCAAGUUAUAUUUUAACCUUUAUAAACAGAAAACAAAAAAAACAAAGAAAAAUUUUCCCUGUAGAACCUAAUGAAAAGGAUGAAGCAUAUAUUGUCCAAAUUAUAAAAUAUAUUGAGAAAUUAAAGGAACAAGAUAAAAUAUUUGGAAUCAACAAAAAUGAGGAAAAACAGGAAAAUAAAAAUAAUUGUCUAAAUGAAGGUGAACAGCAACAGGGGGUGCUAAAUAUAAAUACAAACAUAAAUAAUUGUAAUGAUAAUAUUAUGAAGGAAAAUAAUAUGAAGGAUAAUAUAAUGAAAGAAAAUAUAAUGAAAGGUAAUGAAGUUGCUCAUCAUGAUAGUAUGAAUGAUCAUAAGGUAAUUAAUAAGGAUGAAUCGAAUGAAAACAAUAUGAAUAAUAAUAACCUCAAUAAUAAUGAUAAUAUAUUUAAUAAUGAUAAUAUAUUUAAUAAUGAUAAUAUAUUUAAUAAUGAUACUAUAUAUAACAACAAUAUAUAUAAUAAUGAUACUAUAUAUAAUAAUGAUAAUAUAUAUAACAACAAUAUAUAUAAUAAUGAUAAUAUAUAUAAUAACAGCAAUAUAUAUAAUAAUAACAAUAUAUAUAAUAACAGCAAUAUAUAUAAUAACAACAAUAUAUAUAAUAAUAAUGAUAAUAAUAAUAAUUGCAGUAAUAACAAUGUUAAUAUGAUGAACCAAUUUCCUUAUGGUAAUAAUACAGAAUAUAUUUUAAAUAACAAACUUACAUUUAAUAACAAUGAUCUUAAUCAAGAUAAAAUCGAUUUAAUAAAUGAUAUGAGUAGAACAAACGAAAAUAUAAAAAAUAAUAAUAUGAAUAAUUUUGUACAGAAUUUUAAUGAACAAUUUUUUGUACAACAAACCAAUUUUAAUUAUAUAAAUGACAACAUUAAUAAUAUAUCUCCUAUAAAUAAUAUGAAUAAUAUAAAUGGUUUAAAGAAACAUAUGAAUCGUACAUAUUCAAGAUCUAUAAGUAUGUAUGAAGAUAUAAAUAUCCCACAUAAUGUUGAUUAUAUUAAUUAUAGUAUAGAAAAUGAUAAUGUAUAUGACGAAAACUAUAAUAUAGUAUUAAAUCAAUGUGCAUCCAAUAAUGCAAAUGUAACUAUGUUCUUCGAAAGUAACGACAACAAGGAUAAUUCAACAAAACCAUCAGGGGAUGUAUAUAUGGAAGAUAUGAACAUGCCAAAUAAUAUGAAUAAUAUGAAUAGUAUGAAUAGUAUGAAUAGUGUGAAUAGUAUAAAUAGUAUAAAUAGUGUGAAUAGUAUAAAUAAUGGAAACAAUAUUAACAAUCUAAACAUUAUGAAUAAUAUAAAUACACUUAGUUGUAAUAUAAAUAAUAAUUCCUUUGCUAAUAAUUUAUAUGAUAACAAUAUAAUUUCUCAUAAUAUGAAAAAUAUCAUGUAUCCAUAUAUAAAUAACAAUAUUACAGAAACGACGAAUACAUUUAUUAAUGAAAAAAACCAAGCGAAUAGAAUUAAUAAUAUUCCCUACACGAAUUUUCAUAACAUACAAAAUAACAAUGAUGCGGAUACUAUGAAAAAUUUUCAUAACAUACAAAAUAACAAUGAUGCGGAUACUAUGAAAAAUUUUCAUAACACACAAAAUAACAACGAUGCAGAUACUAUGAAAAAUUUUCAUAACAUACAAAAUAACAAUGAUGGGGAUACUAUGAAAAAUUUUCAUAACAUACAAAAUAACAAUGAUGUGGGUACUAUGAAAAAUUUUCAUAACAUACAAAAUAACAAUGAUGGGGAUACUAUGAAAAAUUUUCAUAACAUACAAAAUAACAAUGAUGGGGAUACUAUGAAAAAUUUUCAUAACGUCAUGAAUGAAUAUAACAUAAAUGUAAAUAACAAAACAAAUUAUGAAGAUCUAGAAAGUGUAGAUAAAAAUAUUUCACGCGAAAAUAAUAUGUAG